AUGUUCAGCAUUCUUUUUUGCCUGAUCAAUUACUUAUGGGUCCGAAGUCCAAAUUCAUAUUCCCUUAAUAUUGUCGGGGAAGAUACUAUUAUUUUUGAGCCACCUAAAUCAGGCGAGGAUACUUACGUUGCAUUUUUGAAUCCUGAAGACUUUUCAACAAGUGAAACAAUGCACCUAGAGCCAUUAUAUAAAAACAUUUGUGGCAUAACGAUUAGAUCGGCAUCAGCAAAUAUUACAGUUUACUUUUCGUUCAUCAGAAUUUCCAAGGGAUUUUGUGAAACUGUUGAUUUUGUUUUCGCCCGACGCGAGUAUUAUGAUUUUAACACUGUCCCAAGAUAUGUAAAUGCAUGUAUAAUUUAUCCUACAUAUAAAGGAAUUGAUUUCAACUUCUUCUUUAAUGAUCCAUAUGGUACAUCAGAAUUUUAUGAUUCAGAUUCCUCCCAAAGAUCAAUAUAUUUUGCAUUUAAUCUCAUCCAUAAAUUCCAAAGAAAUGGAACUACAAGUUCGGACUAUUAUCACCAUUUUUUAUCUAAUUUACACCGAAGUCCUCUUAUAAUCGAAUAUUUCCAUGUUUGGUAUUUUGAAGACGAUAUUAGCUUUAUCAAAGCUUCUGAUAAAUCCUAUAAUAGUGGCGCGACAGUAUGUCCAAAUAGCGUAACAAAAAUCUCUGAAAGAGCAUUUUAUAAUUCUUCAAUUUCUAGUAUAAAUCUUGGAAAUAUUAAAGAACUAGGAUCAAAUGCAUUUUGCUACUGUAGGAAAUUGAAUCAGGUUUCAUUAUAUAGUAUUCAAUUCCUAACAACAUCUUGUUUCAAGGAUACAUCUUUGGUUGAGGUUGAUCUUCUCAGUCAAUUAACAAUAAUUCCAAGUUAUGCAUUUUGUAAUUGCACUAAGCUCCAAAAAUUUAAGUGCAAUUGUAUUUACAUUGAACAUUAUGCAUUUUGUAACUGUACAUCAUUGAAAUCAUUCGAUUUUAAUAUUCGUUCAUUAUAUGAUAUAGCCUAUACAGCAUUUUUAAAUACAUCAAUUGAAGAAAUUGAAGUAAAUACCGCAUUUCACUCAUUUCCUGCGAUUAAACAUCUGAAUAUUACAAAAGUUAAAAUGACGAUUAUUGAUGAUUAUCGAAAUGAUUAUAGAAAUGAUCAUUUGAAUUCAUUUUUCGAUAAAAUAAAGUUAAAUAUCCCAAAUCUAAAAACUAUUGAAUUUCCAAAUGGAUGUAAUUAUAUUUUUAUGACCAAUACCCUAGUUGAGAAUAUAAUUAUUCCUCCUUACUCAAGCUGUACUAUUUUUAUAUCAAGCUGUUACAAACUUAAAAAAUUGCCAAGCAGUAUUUAUGAUGUUAAAUAUGUUGGUGAUAUGCCUGAACUUGAAGAAGUAGAUUUAUCAAAUUGCUAUUCAAUAUCAAGAAAUAGUUUCUUCAACUGUCCAAAACUGGCAAGAAUAAUUGGUUGGGGUGAUCAUUCAAUGAUCCUGGGGGCAUGUUUAUUUGAAUCCUGUCCCUUAAUUGAUAUUAGUAUAUGGAAUUCUAUGUUGAGAGCAGAGUCUAACUAUUAUGAGCGUUAUUCGCCCCUAGAAAAUACAUACAUAAAAGAGAUGACAAUUCAAUCAGGCAAUGUACCAAAAUUUAUAGGUUGCAAAGUCCUCAAAAAGGCUACAUUUUUAGAAAAUUGUGGUGUCACUAAAAUUGAUGAUUACUUAUUCUACAAUUGCGUUAGUUUAACAGAAGUUAUUUUGUGCAAAUCAAUUAAAUCUAUAGGAGUUAAAGCAUUCAAAUACACAAAUAUUUCGUAUUUUGAUUUCACAAAUAUAUAUGAUUUUGAUCUUUCAGCAUUUACUCUGUCAAAAACUUAA